CACUAAACACAGACUAUAUGAAAAUAGUCGUAUAGUAGUUUGUGAUAUUAGCUUAUUGGUUAAUUUGAGAUUUUGUUUUCUAAUAAUACUGAGUGAAUGAAAAGAAAAUAUAUAUUUAUAUUUUAUUUGAGACAGUUAAUUUUAUUUCAAGUAGAUAAUAGAAAUCAUUUUACAUUAUGAGUUAUUCUCCACCGAGCCAGAACAAUGUCUCUAAGCCAGAUUGGUUGAAUAGAAUUGAAAAUAUGAAAGUAAAUCGUCAAGACAUGAACAAACUUAUCAUGAACUAUUUAGUAUCCGAAGGGUUUAAAGAAGCUGCAGAAAAAUUUGAACAAGAGGCUGGAAUUAGUUCUCCACUGAAAUUAAAUACCUUAGGAAACCGAAUUAAGGUCAUUGAAGCUGUACAGUCAGGAAAAAUGCAAGAAGCAAUAACACUCAUUAAUCAAUUAUAUCCAGGACUUCUUGAUGACGAUCGUGAUUUAUAUUUUCAUUUACAGCAACUUCAUCUAAUUGAAUUGAUAAAAGAAGGUAAUAUAGAAGAAGCAUUAGUAUUUGCUCAAGCUAAGCUUUCAGAAGUGGGAGAGGGAAAUCCUACCAUUUUAACUGAGCUAGAGAGAACAUUAGCUCUUUUGGCUUUUGAAGAACCUCACAAAAGUCCGUUUGCUGAUCUUCUUCAAACUUCACACAGACAAAAAGUAUCCAGUGAGCUGAAUUCAGCUAUUUUGAGAUUUCAUAACCAGCCUACUAUUACACCAAAGCUUUACAAUUUGAUGAAAUUGAUUAUGUGGGCUCAAGAUGAACUUGAUAGAAAAAAAGUUAAAUUUCCUCAUAUGACAGAUUUUGGAUCUGCUACUUUAGAACCACCAAAAUGACGCUUUUCAAAUAAAUAUGGCAAUGUCUAUUGUAACUCAAGUUGGCUGUUUGACCAUAAAGAUUAAGUAUAUCUUUUUCCAUGCAUUUUUUCAAUAUUAAAAAAUGUACAUUAUAACAAAUAUGUGGAUAAAAUUUUUUUGGUUGCAUUAAAAUAAAUUAUUUCACAACUUUUGUUUGCAAAAAGAAAAAUGAUAUAUAUAGAAUGUGUGCUUAAUUAAAUCUAAUUUUUUGUAAUAUAUUUUUUUUUUUUUUAGUAUAAAUUGUUUAACCUGUUUAUUUUUUCCUUUUAUAUUGCAUAAUAACAAACAUAUUGUAUAUUAAUAUGAAUAUACUAUUUAAUUAAUGAACUCUUACUUUACUACUAACAUUUAAUAAAAAGAAGUAAUUGGCUGUCAGCCGGUAACAUCACAAAUCAAUAUCUAGCCGAUACUACUGUGACACUUUUACAUAAUAUUCAGUGUUGGGAAAGUUCCUUUUUAAAUGGAACUCAUUCCGUUCCCCGUUCAUUUUCUAAAAUAAGAACUCGUUCCACUCUUCAUUCCUUUUAUGUAUCAAGUUAUUUAAAAAAUUGUGACAAUGAGAUCAUGAUAAAGGUCAUCAAUGAUUUUCAUCAGCAGUCGAAUACAAAACAAAUUUGUAGUAUUCCUUAUCUAAAAGUAUUCGAAAAUUAUAUUUAUAAGCAGGUAGUAAAUGCUAACGACUUGUGUCAACGCGACCAAUGUCUAUUGUCUACAUAUAAGUUAGAAAUAAUAAAUCAGAAAACCCAAAACCUUUAACAUAUAUUAGUUAACAAGAAACGACGAUAAUAUUCGGUGCAUUAUUUAAUAUAUGUACACAUAUAUUAAAUAUUUACUGUAUACCUACAUGUGAUAAUAACUCUAUUUAUAGUCAAUUGAUUCAUUUAAACAGCCUACGAUCUCGGCUGGGUAUAUAGGGGACUUCCAUUGUCAAAAGUCAACUAAAAAUACCAUAAUAUUUUAAUGUCUA